AUGUCUUCCGACAUAUAUGCUGAGUGCGUAUUAUACAAUGAAAUACUUAAAAGAAACCCAAGGUCAAUCAAGGAUAUGUUUAGUGCAACGAAGAUUGCCGAGAUCAAGAAAUUUAUAAACAACAACGAGGACAUUCCGGCUCUGAGAGCAUGUGCUGACUCAUAUUUGACCUCACGAAAGCGUCCCGCUCCGACUACUACUGGGCCAGCAGCCAAGAAAAAAGCCCCUUCACAGGAUAGUUCGGAUGAUUCCUCCGAUGAUGAGCCCACGAAUAAAAAAGCUACGGUGCCUAACGGCAAACCGCUUAUUAAUGGAUUAAAACGUCCGGCUGAAUCCUCGGAUUCAUCAUCAUCAUCCGACUCAGAAACAGCAAAAACUCCGUCUGGAAAGUCUUUACCUAAGAAGGUUCCCAAUAAGGCCGAUGUCAAUCUAAAAUUGAAGAAAGCAGCUUCAUCUUCUAGCUCCGAUUCAGACGAAGAGCCUCAAGCGAAGAAAACACCAUUGAAACCAGCAGCAAAAGUCAGUUCAGCGGCGUCUACUAAGAAGGCUUCCUCAUCUUCAAGUGACUCGGAUUCGGAUGAUGAUGAUGAUGACACAACGUCGUCGAAGAAGAUGUCAAAGAAAAUCGUACCGAAGAAAACAGUUGCUGCGCCUCCUGCAAAAAAGCCUGACUCAUCUUCAAGUGAUUCUGACUCCGAGGAUGAACUUCCUGCUAAUAAGGUCGCAGCUAAGUCGACAGUCGUGAAAUCAACUGCAGCGGUACCUGCGCCGAAGAAGGCUGAGAGCUCUUCUAGCGAUUCUGACGAUUCUGAUGUUAAAGCUCCCACUAAGAAAACACCCCUAAAACCGGUUGCCAAGCCAACAGUUCCAGUUUCGAAGAAAGAAUCUUCAUCUAGCAGUGACGAUUCGGAUGAUGAUACUCAAAUCAAGAAAACACCUGCGAAGCCUGUUACUAAAACCACAACACCAUCUGCCAAGAAAGCAGCUUCUUCUUCUUCAAGCGAUUCGGACUCAGACAACAAGGCUGCAGCGAAGAAAACGCCUGCCAAGCCUCCUGCGAAGGCAACUCCGACUGUGGCGAAGAAAGCUUCGUCUUCUAGCAGUUCUGAUUCCGAUGACGAAACUCCAGCGAAAAAAACAGUUACCAAGCUUCCUACAAAACCAACGCCUGUUGCGACGAAGAAGGCAUCGUCUUCUAGCAGUUCUGAUUCUGAGGAUGAGGUACCAGUGAAAAAAACACCUGCCAAGCCUCCUGUAAAAACAACACCGGCUACAGCGAAAAAGGCUUCUUCGAGCAGUUCUGAUUCUGAUUCCGAGGAUGAGGCUCCUGUGAAGAAAACACCUGCCAAGCCCCCUGCAAAAACACUGCCAGUAUCAGUGAAGAAAGCUUCGUCUUCUAGCAGUUCUGAUUCUGAAGAUGAGGUUCCAGCAAAAAAAACACCCGCUAAGCCUCCUAUAAAAGCCACACCGGCUGCAGUGAAGAAGGCUUCGUCUUCAAGCAGUUCUGAUUCCGAGGAUGAGGCUCCAGCGAAAAAAACACCUGCCAAAUCUGCUGCUAUGAAAACAACACCGGUUGCAACGAAGAAAGCUUCAUCUUCUAGCAGUUCUGAUUCAGAGGAUGAGGCUCCAGUGAAGAAAACACCUGCCAAGCCUCCAAUGAAAACAACACCGGCUGCAGCGAAGAAGGCUUCGUCUUCGAGCAGUUCUGAUUCCGAGGAUGAGGCUCCAGUAAAGAAAACACCUACCAAGCCUCCUGUGAAAACACCUCCGGCUGCAGCAAAGAAGGAUACGUCUUCGAGCAGUUCUGAUUCUGAGGAUGACAUUCCAGUGAAGAAAACACCCGCCAAGCCUCCUGUGAAAACAACACCAGCUGCAGCGAAGAAAGCUUCUUCUUCGAGCAGCUCUGAUUCCGAAGAUGAGGCUCCAGCAAAGAAAACACCAGCCAAGCCUCCUGUGAAAACAACACCAGCUGCAGCGAAGAAAGCUUCUUCUUCGAGCAGCUCUGAUUCCGAAGAUGAGGUUCCAGUAAAGAAAACACCUACCAAGCCUCCUGUGAAAACACCGCCAGUAUCUGCGAAGAAGGAUUCGUCAUCUAGCAGUUCUGAUUCUGAGGAUGAGGCUCCAGUAAAAAAAACACCCGCUAAGCCUCCUGUGAAAACAACAUCGGCUUCAGCGAAGAAGGCUUCGUCUUCGGACAGUUCUGAUUCCGAGGAUGAGGCUCCUGUGAAGAAAACACCUGCCAAGCCUCCUGCGAAGGCAACUCCGACUGUGGCUAAGAAGGAUUCGUCUUCUGACAGUUCUGAUUCCGAUGAUGACGCUCCAGCUAAAAAAACACCUGCCAAACCUACUCUGAAAACAACACCGGUUACAGCGAAGAAGGCGUCGUCUUCUAGCAGUUCUGAUUCCGAGGAGGAGGCUCCAGUGAAGAAAACGCCUCUGAAGCCCACCACACCUGUCUCAAAAGAGAAGAAAUCGUCGUCAAGCAGUUCGAGUUCCGAUGAUGACGCAUCGGCCAAGAAAACUUCUGCUGGAUUGACACCACAAGGCCCAAAAACACAGGACAAGCAACUCAAAAAGCAAGAUCAAGAAAACGCAAAGAAGCCAAAUGGCACACCAAGAUCAUUCCCGAGGAAAUCUAACGAACCUUUUCGACGAGUGACUCUCACAAAGGAUGCCUUACCGGAGAAAUUCAAGGAUAAUUCGUUCGAUGGAUCCUACGAUCAGUGGGGUGCAAAAGCGCAUGAAGCACUAAGCAGAGUGCAAGGAAAAGGUUUUCGUCAUGAGAAGACUAAAAAGAAGAAGGGAAGCUACGGUGGAGGACCAAUAAGUACCGCUGUGAACUCUAUAAAAUUCUCGGAUAGUGAAUGA